CCUCCAACAUGGACCAGUGUUUGGGUCUGACGUCAGCCGUUACCGCCCUGCCUGCAGUAUCGGUGUCUACAAUUGAGGAUGGAGACGAGAGAGGCGGCCUCGCCAUGAAGCGCAUCCGGAGGCGGAAAUAAAGCGCACGAAGACUGAGACAAGUAAAGACCACACGAAAACAAAGAAGAAACAACUAACUUUCGGAUGUGCACAGGGAUACCGAUCUUCACAUCUGGCCCGAAAAGCGAUGCCAAACGCGGGGGAGCGGCGGGCUGUGUCGCCCGCUCCCCCGCUCGCCUCCUCAGUUUGGCAGAGCUCCUGCUAGCGCUCCCGCUGUGGAGACAAUUUAGGGAAGAAGACCACCGGGUAAAUCUCUCCAUACCGCUCAUUUUCAACAACGCGGCGCAUCUGAUUGACUAUGUGAAGAGCUGCCUUUAACAGGGUGGAGCUGCGGUUUCUUUAAUAAAUGAUGAGGAAUUCCGCUCCUCACUUUCAGCCUAAUUGUCAGGGGUUGAUUUGAUGUUUAUGUCCGGCCAACACUAAAGCUCGACCCCAGCGCCUUGUUUUUGUAAGAGAACAAUGACCCAGGUGAUGUUUUGUCACCGGACAGGCAGCUAGAGAUGAUGGUCGCUGCUGGCUGGUGCGGGACUAGCCCAGGCAUUCACAGAAAGCGCCCUGAACGCGGCUUUCCACGGAGGCUGUUUAUGCAAUCCGACGCAGUGUUGCAAGUGGGCUGAUUCGAUCUUCUGCUGUCUCUAUGUGAUGUGAUGCCCAGAACUGCCAGGUCUUUAUGUUUCUGUGAAAUAUGCUUAGGCCUUGUGUUAAACAAAGUGAUGGAGGUGCUACUACGCUGGGAUUAGAUAAAGCUCCAAGAAUGGGGGGCCCUUUUUGGAAUUAAGGCGUAACAGUGAGGAAAAGCCAUCAUGUCGAAAGUUGUCACUAACAAGGAGAAGAAAUCCUUCAGCAAAAAGCUGUUCCGGAGGAGCUCGGUCCGCUCCGUGGGGAGCUUUAUGAACAGAGUUCUCCGGACCUUGUCCACUCUCUCUCAUUUCGGUACCGACGAGCAGGCCGCCGAAGACAAGAAGGACGAUGCAACUUUGAUCCCAAGCACCAUAGGAGGGUCAGUCCCGUCCGAUGACAGCGACUGCGGGGGUUUCCCGUUCGGGGACAAGGUGCCCGGUGUCGCCGGACUCAAGAACCACGGCAACACCUGCUUCAUGAACGCUAUCUUACAGUGCCUGAGCAACACGGAGCUCUUUGCAGAGUAUCUUGCUUUGGAGCAGUUCAAAGGAGUAGAGUCGAGCAGUAACAGUGAGAAGGGGAAGUCUAACGGGGUGCUGGUGCAGAAGAAGGCGAGUAGCCAGCAGCAGGAUGCGGGGGAGGUCACCGAGCAUCUGUCCGGGCUGGUUCGGGCACUGUGGACCUUCGAGUACACACCUCAGCACAGCAGAGACUUCAAGAACGUGGUGUCCAGGAGUGCUCUUCAGUUCAGAGGUAAUUCCCAACACGAUGCACAGGAAUUUCUCCUCUGGUUGCUCGACAGAGUUCACGAAGACCUCAACCAAAUCAUCCACCCAGACAGCAGAACCCCCAUGAAGCCUCCAGUAGAAGAAGAACCGGUCCCUGAAGGAUCUCCACUACCAGCACCUGGCUCUUUUGUACAGGAGCUGUUUCAGGCACAAUACAGGUCCUCCUUGACUUGCCCUCACUGCCAGAAACAGAGCAACACCUUCGAUCCUUUCCUCUGCAUCUCACUGCCAAUCCCAGUACCUCACACACGGCCUCUGAAUGUGACAGUGGUGUACCAAGGCAAAUGCUCCAACUGUAUGAGAGUUGGGGUGGCCGUGCCUCUCUCUGGCACUGUGUCCAGGCUGAGACAAGCUGUGGCCCAAGAGACCAAAAUCCCUGCCGAACAGAUUGUCCUCACCGAAAUGUACUUUGAUGGCUUUCAUCGCUCCUUCUGUGACGACGACGACGACCUUGAGAUCAUUCAGGAGAGCGACUCCAUCUUUGCAUUCGAGACACCCGAGCUAUUCAGACCGGAGCAGAUUCGUUCCAAACGAGGCGGGAGCCCACAUGCAAAUCUAAAUCAGAACAACCUGAAGUAUGGCACAGACAAUAACAGGAUAGCCACACAAAUGCAAGAGCCUACAACACCACCUCAGAGUCCCAAUAAGAACAGCGGGCAGGCUGAGAAGAUUGUGCUGUUGGUGUGCAACAGAGCCUGCGCUGGACAGCAGGGACGCAGGUUUGGAAAUCCCUUUAUUCUAUAUUUGGAGCGUACAGUGACAUGGGAUGUGCUACAGAAAGAGAUCUUGGAGAAGAUGAAACAUCUUUUGCGCCCUGGAGUCUUUGUGCAGGUAGGGCCCUUCACCUUGCGUGUCGUUGGAGUGGUUGGAAUCACAUAUUUGUUGCCUCAGGAGGAGCAGCCGCUCUGCCAUCCAUCAGUGGAGAGGGCAUACAAGUCCUGUGGUCCAGGAGGGCCACCUCAUGUCAAAAUUGUUGUUGAAUGGGACAAAGAAACGAAAGACUAUCUGUUCAAAAGAACUGAGGAUGAAUACAUUCCAGAUGCUGAAAGUGUGCGGCAAGUAAAAGAGCAGCAUCUUCAGCCUCAGACCUGUUCACUUUCUCAGUGCUUUCAGCUCUACACCAAAGAGGAACAGCUUGCUCCUGAUGAUGCGUGGCGAUGUCCACACUGUAAGCAGCUUCAGCAGGGCAGCAUCAAACUCAGCCUGUGGACCCUGCCAGACAUCCUCAUACUUCACCUGAAACGCUUUAGACAAGACGGGGAUCGUCGGAUGAAAAUGCAGAACAUGGUGAAGUUCCCGCUCACAGGCAUGGACAUGGCACCUCACAUGGUAAAGAGGAGUCAGAGCAGCUGGAGUCUCCCAUCCCACUGGUCACCAUGGAGACGACCUUACGGGAUGGGCCGUGAUCCAGAGGACUACCUUUAUGACCUGUAUGCAGUGUGUAACCAUCAUGGCACCAUGCAGGGAGGACAUUACACAGCCCACUGUAAGAACUCCAUUGAUGGACAGUGGUAUUGCUUUGAUGACAGCGAUGUUCAUCCCGUAUCUGAAGACGAUGUCUGUAAGCAGACUGCUUACAUCUUGUUUUAUCAAAGACGAGCAACGAUUCCAUCUUGGUCUGCCAACAGCUCUGUGGGAGGUUCCACCAGUUCUUCCUUGUGUGAGCAUUGGAUAAGUCGGCUGAUGGGAAGUCGUCCACCCAGUCAAGCCUCCUCUGGUUCCUCCAGACGCACCUCGCUGGCCUCCCUCUCCGAGUCUGCUGAGUUUGCUGCUGAACGUAGCGAAGACGAUGGUCUAACAACCCGACCACCAGUGAGAGGCAUGCAAAGGCAAACUUUCUCUUCAAGAUCUUCUAUUGCCAGCCCACUGGUGCUGAGUGAGAAUGGAACAAAACCAUCCUGGUCUCACUCUGCUAAGCUCCAACUUCGCUCCAACUCUCCCUCACGCUUCUCCCUAGAGUCCCACUCUUCCUCCCCAACACUGGAGAGAAUAGGAGAGGUGGUUGAUAACCAGCUGUCAUCCUCAUCUUUCACUGGUUCACCCAAGCUAGACAAGCUGUCAGAGGGCAAGUUGGCCCUUUCUGUUCCGGACAGUAAUGCAGGGAGUAAGAGGCUGAUAGAGCAAGUGCACUUCAAGGCUGCAGCCCAGGCAGAGCAGAGAAGCUCCUUUCAGGCAGGUGAAAACAACAAUGUUACAGCCGUUGAGCAGGUCAGUCCUCGACACGGAGUAGCUCCAAAGGAGCUGAAGCAAAGAAAUGGGAGUGUAGACAGCACUGGUGUUAAAAGAACCUCAGCCAAAAUCGGGUUAGAUGGUGAAAGGAGUCCCAAGAAGCGUGCUGCCACCUCUUCAACAUCAUCCAGCUCUCUUUCCCCUGCAUCUCCAGCCAUUGACAAGUUACCAUCUCGAACACAGUCCAAGGGUGCUGCAUCAGUUUUAUCCUCCAAGGACAAAAGCAAUGGGCCAAUUAAAACAAGCAAGGGUGCUUCCUCAAGAACAGCAACUCCCUCCAAGAAAGGGUCCACCCAAACGUCUGAGGUGUUGCACUCUGACUCACAGCAGAAGAAGAGCAGUUCUCCAGGAUCACAGAGCUCACACCCUCAGAGGAGAACAUCACCCAGAGGGGGAGGCGAGAAAAGCUCAGCUGCAGGGAGGACUAGAGCAGCAGAUCGGAGCACAAGCCGGGACUCUUCACGGGCCACUGCAGUGUCGGAGAGGAAGGUUAGUCAUGGGGGUCCUCCGUCCAGGGUUAGUGCUGCAAGCAGAGCAGAGGGCCGGCCAGGCAGGGCUGUGGAGGACAGGGCAAUAGGCAGGAGCUCAAGCAGUAGCUCCUCCAUGACUAGUCUCCGGUCUUCAAGCGUUGGUGUUUCCUCUGCUAGCACAGCUCUACCAUCAAGAGGACCUCGAGGGAACAGUAAGACUGAGGACAAGGGUUUAUCCUUUUUUAAAACUGCUCUGCGGCCCAAGGAGACCCGUAAACCAGGUGACAGCAGGAAAACAGGGGUGGGAGAGACUAAAGGAAGUCCAGAGGAUGGCAUUGGGGAUGCAACACGCGAAGCAACCCAAUCCAAUCCAAGUAAAAAGACCCCGAGCAUGGCUUCAGAGGCCCAGACUAAUGUGACUACAGCCAAAGACAAGGAAACCUCUAAAGCUUCAGCAACAGCUAAACAUUCACUGCUGUCCUCCACGAAAUCUGGAGCACAAACAAACACCCAGGUUUCAGCUGCCGCAAAGGACCUCUCAAAGAAAGAACCUGCUAAAAAGACAUUGCAGUCCAGAAAGAUCCCCAUCAAUUCUACACAAACUAGCCAGAAAUCCAAGUGAUGUUACUUUGUGGGCCAUGUAACAAUCUUUGCAGAGCAGCUCUAAGGUGUCUUCUUUUUUUUUUUUUUUUUUUAAUUUUAACCAUCAAAAAGUCUCUGACAGACACCUUUAAAACAUCUGUAGCUAUUCAGUGGUCCCUGAAUUUCAGCUGCCGUACUGCGACAUUUACUGUCCACAUUGUUAAAUAGCUAUUUAGGAAUGGAUUUUAACAAAGCACUUUGUAUGGAUUGCAGUGAUUUUGAGGAAAAUUAUACUGUAUUGUAAAUAAGCAUGGACAUGUAUUGAAAUUUUUGCCUUGUUCUGUCUGUAGCAUUGCUGGGAGAGGAACGUCGGAAAAUAAAAAGUGACUUUGCACAAGAUGGAAAGCAGAUACAGUGAUGGAAAGAAACUUUUGAGAUACAUCAAACACGGACAGCUCAGCCACCAAAGGGAGUUUAUGGCAAUUUUUAACACGCUGAUGCAGUGAAUAAUUUUCAAAAGUCACUAUGUACUGCUCUCCUUCAGUUUUGAGAGCCAUAUGUCAACCACAAACAUCAGUGCCUCAGAUAAUCUUAAAUAAGUAUUUCAUCUAAAUUGUAUAACUGCAGGUGUUGGUAAAUUUGUAAUUGAAUUUUAAUAUUUAUUAAGCACUGACAAUGUAAUUUCAAGUAAAACACAGUUAAGCCUAUUUAACCUGAACUACUGUUUACAUAUGCUCUUUGAUGUAGUAACUCUGCAACAGCCUUUAAGAAGAAUUUUUAGGUUUUGUCCAGCCAAAAUCUGACUGUCAUCGAGAGGCUGAGGAAAGAUGCAGGAACACAGCAUGUGUUGUUGGUGUUAAACUUCUGGAGACCUUGAUUUAAAAAGUUUUACGUUUAUGUUUUAUUUAUCAGUUAUUAUAAUGUGUAACCCCUUCAGAUACCCUACCACCUACCACCGCCUCUGCCAGCUGCUGAUGCCAACACUUCCCUGCGGCACCCCGUUGUUCUUCAUGGGGACAGUUUCUUCAGACUGCCAGACAUCUGCAAACAUUCCUCUCAGAUGAACACAGGGUUAAUGUAAAACAAAAAAACAGAACAAACGCCACCUUGCACGCUACAUAACUGAUGCAUUCAGAGACAGCUGGGAUGCUUUCGCUGAACACCGUACUUGUACAUAGAGUGCUAUGGUGUGUUUGAGUCAGCUUCAUCCUCUGUCUUCACAUGUGACAUCACAGCUUGUGCACAUCUUUAGCUCGAGAGUAGAUCAACACUGACUGUGUUAACGUAGAGCGAGAAGACAUUGCAGUUUUUAAAGUAUGUGACCGUUGUUGCAUGUUAAAUUGCUUAUGCAUGCACAUAACUAUGCAAGCAGAUUCUUGCUAAUGCCCACACUGAGUAUGUAGAAGUGCUGCUCUUGGAUGUGUAUUUAUUUCUAACUGUAUAUUUUUCCAAAUGCCUGCACCAGAGAGCAUGUCAAGACAUCCUUUAUUAAAGCUUUGUUUGCACAUUUCUUCAAAGUUAUAUACAUUUUGUAUGAAUGAUAAGUAUUGCUCAUUCACCCUCUCAAAGUAAAUCAACUCACCUGCAAAUGAA